CGAUAAACAACCAAGAUGGCGGAGGACGAAGGCGGCGGCGGGGAGCCGGACAAUCGGUUACUCGAGGCUGUGCUGGAUGAUGACGAAGAAGAUGAAGAUGAGUUUGUCAUGGAAGAGGAGGUCAAUGACAGUGAAGAGGUUGAAAAACCGAGCAACAUUAAUUUUGAUCCCAGUCUACCAACCUCACACUCUUACCUGGGGACAGAUAUGGAAGAGUUCCACGGCCGGACCGUGCAUGAUGAAGAUAGUUUCCUCAAUGUCCCAGUCCUCACUAAUAUUCCAGUUAUACUUAUUCCUGGACAGACCUUACCGCUCCAGCUAUUUCGUCCUCAUGAAGUCUCCAUGAUGCGAAACUUAAUUCAAAAGGAUCGGACAUUCGGUGUUCUUGCCUACAGUGAUUCUGCUGACAGAUCGUCAAAAUUCGGAACCACGGCAGAGAUUUAUGAAUUCAGAGAGGAACAGGAAUACGGUAUUGAAACAGUAAAGGUGAAAGCCAUUGGACGUCAAAGGUUUAAGGUUAUCGAAACAAGGACUCAGACCGAUGGAAUUCGAGUGGCAAAGGUGCACAUCCUCCCAGAAUGGGUUCUUCCAUCGAGUGUGUCAGGAGUGCAGCUUAAUUCACUGAACAGGCUCCACAUGUUUGUCUCGGGCAAACCUCCUGCAUGCCAGUUCAAACAAGCUCAGAGAUGGUGGCAGAAAUAUCAGAAGAGGAAGUUUCACUGUGCAAACCUGACUUGGUGGCCUCCGUGGGUGUAUUCCCUAUACGAUGCAGAAAUACUUAUGGAAAGAAUGAGGGCACAGCUGCGCGAGUGGGAUGAAAAUCUCAAGGAUGAUUCUCUCCCCUCAAAUCCUGUAGAUUUUUCUUACAGAGUUGCUGCUUGUUUGCCUAUUGAUGAUGCCUUAAGACUAGAACUUCUAAAGAUUAGUAGUGCAAUUCAACGAUUGCGUUGUGAACUUGAUCUGAUGGACAAAUGUACUUCUCUUUGUUGUAAAAGAUGCCACAACACCGAAAUAACCACCAAACAUGACAUUUUCAGUUUAUCCUUAUAUGGACCUAUGGCUGCAUACGUGAACCCACAUGGUUAUGUACAUGAAACUCUAACCGUAUAUAAAGCAAACAAUCUGAACCUAAUAGGUCGACCAUCAACUCAACACAGCUGGUUUCCCGGGUUUGCGUGGACAAUAGCUCAGUGUCGAAACUGUGGUAGUCACAUGGGCUGGAAGUUCACAGCCACGAAAAAAGAAAUGUUGCCCCAGAAGUUCUGGGGAUUGACACGAUCAGCCCUGCAACCCAAGAUGCCCGAGAUUGACGACGGAGGUCAUCAGGAAGGCUGGUGGCGGCCGUGUAUGUAAUGUGCUUCAUGAAAAACAACACGAAUAGUUACUGUA